AUGAACAGGGCCCGCAAAGUCAAGUGCGACGAGGCAAAACCACACUGCCUCCGAUGCUCGAGCACCGGCCGCGUGUGCGACGGCUAUCCGCCCCCAGCCCCGCCUGCGUCCGCUCAACUCCGGCCGCUGAAGCUUCGGAGCCUCUUCCUGGGUGUAAGCAAAGAGGAGAGCAGGACGUUGCAUUUCUUUUGCGAGAUGGUCAGCCCGAAUCUGCCCUGCGCCACCGACCCCUAUUUCUGGACGCAUCUCGUCGUACAGUUUAGCAGGUACGAGCCCGCGGUCCGGCACUCCAUCAUCGCCGUCAGCUCCCUCUACGAAGAUGUUAUACGGGCGCGGGACAAUCCGUCGGGGGCGAGGGCGGAUCGCAUCCGCAACAACGAGCUCGCGUUACGGCACUACAACGCUGCUAUUAGAGAGCUCAAGGGGAUACAGAAUCAGGGGCUGGUGCUGCUGGUCUGUCUCCUUUUCAUUUGUAUAGAGUUCUUACAGAAUAACCGGGAGACCGCACUACGACAUUGCGCCCACGGCGUCGCCAUCCUAGCCAGCUCCGGUUCCACUUCUCUACGGUGGGUGAGAGAGUACCUGGCGCCGAUAUUCCGCCGCCUGGACACAUUGUCAUUUUUUUUCGGGUCCAACCAAGCCGGCGCGCACGGCGUGUCCAUCCUACGAUACCCGGUGCCGCCGGUAUUCAAGCACCAGUCCGAGGCAGAAGAUAUGGUGGAAGACAUCUUGAACCAGGCGAUGCUUCUCAUCUCCCACGGCCACUCAUUCCGCAUAGGAAAUGAUCACCACCAGCCGAUCCCGCCCGAAUUAUUACAGGAGCAAGAGAGGGUUCUGUGCCUGGCCAAACAGUGGUACGACAUGUUUACGGACCUUGAAGCCAGGUCCAAAGUGCAGAAAACCAGCAUCGCGAGGGCGCACACGCUGGCCCGGUACCGCAUCUCCGUGAUCUGGGCGACACAGGCCUUUGCCCACACAGAGACGGGCUACGACGACUACGAAGACGAGUUUCGUAAGAUGGUAGAGGAGACAGAAGAGGCGGCCGCCAUGGAGUGCACGGAGAGCUUGAAUGCGAGACCAUCGUUCGAAGUAGGCUUCCUCAUGCCCCUCUUCUUCUGCACCCAUAGGUGCAGAGUACUGGAUCUACGGCUGAAGUGCCUGCAACUCAUCAAAACACUUGCGGCGCCGCGGGAGAGAAUUUGGAACAAAGAUGGAAUGUAUGCCCUGGCACGACGAAUCAUUGAGAUUGAGCACGGCCUGGCCCUGAUGACGAGGAUCGGCCCUGUCUGGGAGGAGACGAGAGUCCAGAAAUUCUGUCUCGAGUUUGCGGAUGGGCGCAGGGAGACCUAUUUUGGCCACGAUGUGCACGGUUCCAGGGUUGUGCUCUUCACGGGGAGCCGCGGUGUCAAGAGUUAUCUUCGUCCGGAGGUCCUCACUGAUGAGUCUGCUCAUCUAAAUCCUGUGGGUAAAAGCCGCACCCUCUUGCUGUAG